AAGAGAUUUGGAGUCGAGUACCGUAAUCCAUCUAUCAGCUGCAUUUCCUGUGCUGUCUCCUCUCUUAGUGACUACAGCGUUUCAAAAGUGUGAAAAACAGCCACGGUGUUGAACAACCUGCCAUAAAGCCACCGUGUCAACCUCGCAUCCUUUGAUAAACUGCUCGGUUUCAGUUCAGAAGAGAAUAGAUCCUCUUUUGCAUGUGACUCUUCACCAUAUAUCUGGAAACAGCUUUUAUAACAAAUGGAACUUCAGUAUUUCCAUGGAAAUAUAACUAAGGACUAUUGUGAAGAUCUACUGAGCAAAAAAGGAAAAAAUGGAAGCUUUUUAAUACGAGAGAGUGAGAGCAUACCGGGAGUCUUGUGCCUUUGUGUUUUCUAUGAACAUAUUAUCUACACGUACCGAAUCUUCAAGAAACAUAAUGGACAUUUUAUGAUUCAGACUUCUGAAGGUGCUCCAAAACAGGACUUCAGAACGUUAAAGGAUUUAAUUACCACCUACGAAAAACCCAAUCAAGGACUAGUAAUCCAUCUACGCUAUCCUGUAAAUAGACCUACAUCACACCAAAGAUCUCGAAGUCUCAAUGAAGAGAGAGAUAACGCAUAUGAGAUUCCUGAAACUGAAGACGGAGAAGACUAUGUUGAUGUUCUGCCCGAGUGAUCAAGCUGAAAGAUAAUUUCUCAUUACUUGCUUCAUCUCAUCCCAGAAUGGUCAUGUCUUUUCAUCACCAGUGGCCACUAAUCUGGAGUGGGUUGCAUCCAUGACUGAAUCUUCUAGUCAAUUGGAUUCUACAUUUGUUAGUACCCUGCCUAUUACUGUGAAACGAUUGCAAUUUCUUACACUGUUUAACUCUUUUAACUGCCUUUGUAAAAACAAGGGCUGACAUGGUACGCAGUCCUAACAGCAACAGGAGAGUAUUGCAGCACUGUUGUUGUGGACAUAGAAGCAGCAGUGCCACGGUGGGCAGGAUGUCAUUUGCACAACCAGAGUUACUGCAGUUUCUCCCAUUGUGGAGAAUAGGAUAAAUUACAGGAACUUUGGUUGUACAACCGGCAUCCUCUCCAGUGGCACAGCUGCUUGUCUACAGCAGCUGUGACACACCAUCCUGUCACUAUUAGGAAAGCGCAUCAUACGUCCCCCUCACCCCCACCUUCUCUUUACUUGGUGUGAAUAAGCAUUCCCACUUAAGUGACCACACCCUUAUUGAAGUGAGCUCUGGCCCAAAAAUUCUUAUGCCACAAUAAAUUUGUUCAGACUCUUUGUUCUUUAAUGAUUACAGCAACACUGUUAUGUUAUGGUAAAUUUUGGGAAACAGCAGUUCCCUCAAUUUCUAAAUGGGAAAUCAAAUUGUAUUCAUUUGCAGUUAUGGCAAAACUUUCUAAUUCUUUAAGAAGUGAAGUAAGACAAAAAUAUAAUAGAAUUCUCUAAAAUUGGAGCCACUUUGUUAUUGUUAUUGUUAUUAUUAUUAUUAUUAUUUUGGCAAAAUAAGCCAGAAGACAGUAACUUAAAACAUUUGUUCAAUGUGUUGUAAAAUAUAUUUUUUCUAUUCUGACAUUUGUAAUUUAAUACUUUUUUCCUAUCAUUGUUUACAUUUUAAUUUUUGAAAAUGAAACAAAUUUAAAAAUAUAACAUGUUGUUGCCUUUUCAUCUCAACAGAUCAGUGUAUUAUUGCUGAUUAUAUGGACUUAAGCUAGAACUUGCUACAGCAGUGGCAAUACAUCUUUUGCUUUUUCCUAUUUACUGCUAGAAUUUACUCUUUUUGGUAGUCAUGUGUAUAAAUACUUUCGAUUUUUUAAAAAUAUAUUUUGGCAAUUUAUUAUUAAGAAUGUUUAUAUACUGCUUUUCAACAAAAUGUAAGCUGUUUACAUAGCAAAAGCCAUGAGAAAAAGAAUGAAAUUAUUGUUCAGUUACCAUAGGGAACAGCAUAGAAACAGUGGCUGACAUCCAGACCAAGUAACUCCUGACUAGUCCUAGUGAAAUUAAAGAGUCCUUUAGACCAGGGAUUCUCAACAUGUGGGUCCCCAGAUGUAAUUGGACUUCAACUCCCAUAAUUCCCAACCAAAGGCCGCUGGGGCUGGGGAUUAUGGGAGUUGAAGUCCAAUUACAUCUGGGGACCCACACAUUGAGAAUCCCUGCUUUAGACUACUCCCUGAAUCAUACUGUUCAAAAAGUUAGUCUGGAUGUCAGCCACUGAUUGACAAAACAUGUAUAUCAGGAACAAAACAUAUAUGUCAGGAGGCUCUGCGGGAACAUGCCAGGAACCUGCAACUCCCCCAGUCGUCCUACAAGCAGAGGGUUGUUGUAUCAUGGAGCUAAAACUGCAGUGCACUGCUCUUGCUACAGAACCAGUUUACAAUGUUGAAAACACAAAUUAAUCUUGCAGAGCACUUCCGGAGCGCAAGCAGCACUCAGAAGUAUCAGCUUAGACAGAUACACCAGCUCCAUCUGUUUCUUGAGAUGAACAAUCUCAAAACAGUGGUGCAUAUGCUGGUAACCUCCAGGCAUGACUACUAAAAUGCAAUCUGUGUUGGGCUACGUAACAUAAGAUCAGCCCUGCUAGAUCAGGCCCAAUGCACAUCCAGUCCAGCAUCCUGUUUCACACCAGAUGCCUCUUGAGAAGUCCACAGGCAAGAGGUGAGGCCAUGCCUUCUAUCUUGCUGUUGAUCCCCUGCAAUUUGGAGGCAUUGUGCCUCUCAGGUUGGAGGUAGCCUAUAGCCACCAAACUAAUAGCCAUUGAUAGACCUGUGCUCCAUGAAUUUGUCCAAGCCCCUUUUAAAGGCAUCCUAGCUAAUGGUCAUAACCACAUCCCAUGACAGAGAAUUCCACAGAUUAAUUGUGUGCUGUGUGGAAAAGUACUUCCUUUUGUUGGUCCUAAAUGGUCCUAAAUUUCCCACACUUCAGUUUCAUGGAAUAACCCCUGGUAUUCUAGUGUUGUGAGAGAGGGAGCAAAAUUUCUCUCUGUCCACUCUCUCUAUUCCAUGCAAAAUUCAGCAGCCAGCUUUGUCACUGUGGCAAGCAACCAAAAGAAACCAUAUUACUUCUAUUUUAAAAGAAUGACGCUGGCUGCCAAUAUGCUUCUGGGCAAAAUACAAAGUGCUGGGUCAUUACCUACAAAGCCCUAAACAACGUUGUCCCACAGUAUUUAAGAAAUAUGAUUGCCACUGGUUCAUCUGGUAACUAUUCAGGGUCAGGCUGCUUUGCCAAGUCUGACAGCUUUUAAAAAGACUCUAAAGAUGCACCUUUUCAACAAAGCUUUUAUUUAGAUUUAAAAAGUAUUUUAAAAUGUUUUUGCUGUUGUUUUAAUUUUUAUGCUGUAUUUUAUUAGGUAAGUGGCCUGGAGAUGCAAAUUGGAGCAGUAUAUAAAUGUGCAAAACUACUAAAUAAAUUUCAUCCAAUGCUCA